GAAAAAAGCCAGCAACAAGAUAACCAGUUAUAUUAAAACCACUGAAUGUCCAGAAGACCAGCAAUCCAACGAUGUAGAUCCAAUGAUGACUGAUAUUAGCACUGGUGAACAGCAGAGCAAUGCUGAAGCUGGAAGUAGCAACAGUUCAGAGUCAUCUGUCAGUGGCAUGGAUGAUAUGAUUAUGGGCAGAUUAUACAAUUCUUUGUCAAAAGAGAUGCAAAAAAGCAAGCCAUCGCCCAAUGUAAUUAAUUCAUACUUAAACCAAGAGUUUAAAUCGAGACGAGCCCGUAUCAAGAAAAUGCCAGCAACAGAAAGAUGCCCAAGAUUGUUUGAGCUGUAUCCAUGCUUUAAAAACCCUGUAGAGAUUAUUGAAGAGGUGCGCCGGAUUAAUGAAAAAGCUGCCAAUAAUGAUCCCAAGAAAUUUAUGAAUGAAUGUGUCAUGAGAUUGGAAGAAGAGCUGGAUGUAAUGUUAUAUUUUGGUUGCUCAAAGCAAAGGAUGGAGCUCCCUAAAAAACCUGGAAAAGUUUCCAAAGUUGUACAGCUUAUGAAGAAUUUGCACUUGUUGUUUGGCAAUGGAAAGCUAAAUAAGUCUGCCAAGAAGCUCAUUGAGCUUAUUUAUGUGAUUAAGGAUCACGAGGAUCCAGAGACAGUUUGUAGCCGACGACAAGGUAAAGGUAUUCCUUUGUUAUGUCUGGAUAAGACAUCAGCCUACCUCGUCUGCCAAGGUACCCUUAUUUUCACAGUGGAACUAAGGAAUAUAAUGCAAGCAGUCCUGGCAUUAAUCGGAUUAUUUUAUCUUAUUGAUGUGGAUUAUCCAAAAUCCCAUGAGCUAGCUCUAACUAUGCUCCACAGCUUAUUAUUUCACGAUAUGAACACCCCUGCAGACCUGUAUAACUCAUUUGAGUCUGCCAAAGAGGAUUACUUGAAGUUCAAGCAGAACUCAUCUGACGAUUUUUAAACUUUAAUGCAAUGUGUGAUAGGUUAAUAUACAUUUUCAAGAAAUAGAGGGCUUAAGCUUCGCAUUUGAAGACAGGCUGAGUUGAUUUUUUGCAUAAAAUUUGGGCAUCAUUUCUUCGCUUUUUAUUUUCAUUCCGGCGGCCUCAAACAAAUUAUCAUGCAAUUCAAUUCGAACAUAUCACGUUUGCCAUCAUUGCCUCAUCAUUGCCGUUUGUUAUGGAAUGCCUAAGCCCUCUGGCUCUUCUAGCUAUGAAUUGAACAGUACGGUGUAGAACUGAAUGUCAGGUUUAAUUGAAACAAAAUGCGCUUUGCGCAUAUUGGUUGCACUUGCAUGCACUUUGUGUAACUUACUUUUUGGCCUUUUGUAUUAGUGUAGAAAUUGGUUUUGUCUGGUGC